AUGAUGGACUACUCCAAUAACUUUAGUUACAGCAACCAGUACCAGAGUUCGGGACAAGCACAAGCUGUGGAGCAGGGCUUUGGGGCCGACCUUCACAGCUGUUCCAAUGAUGAUUGCUCAGCAGCCAGCAAUCUCUUUGAUGGCUUGACUGAAGAAAAUAAGACUUUUCAUGAGAUUCUUGCAGCCAACUCGAACACCAUCACCCCACCCGGCUCCAGCUCUCCAGGUUAUCAACAGGAUUUGCUUUCGAGCAUGAAAACUGUCAAAAGAGGAACCGAAAUCAACUUUGAUUGCCUUGAGGGCGAGGCACCUCAAAACCUUAUCCCGGAAGCAUUGGCAAGUGCACAGGGUUUCAAGGCAGACACUGUCAAUAGUUUUCAGCAAGAUUCCAAUCCUAUCGAAGAUGCUUCUGCUCGUAAAAAAAAAGCCCAAAACAGGGCGGCACAGAGGGCGUUUAGAGAGCGGAAGGAAGCAAAGAUGAAACAAUUGCAAGAGCAGCUUGUCACAAGUGAGCGCGAUAAGCAGUCACUGCUGCGACAGAUGGAAGAACUCAGGGAGCGCAACCUGAAAAUGCUAACAGAAAACCAUCUCCUACUUCAAAAAAACAAUUCAAACCUGCCGACACAGAGCAACUCCGGCCUUGCUUCUGCGUCGAGGAAGUUUCACUUCCCCUCACAAAGUGAAUUCAUUGAGUCUGCAAUUGAAGGUCAUGAGGUUCCGGUGAAACUUCCUCUUUCAAGUACAUACUACGAGCACGAUGGCGAGGAGCUGCUAACGUUUCCUGCUACUUGGGAAUAUCUUCACAAGCUAUCUGAAAAAGAGGACUUCGACGUUUACUCUGUUAUGCUGAACCUAAAGGGACAUGAGGUUUGCCACGGAUAUGGCCCUGCUUACAGGAAAACCGUCAUAGACAAGCUAGUGAAGCAGGGCUGA